AUGGGAACCAAGCAAUUUGCCAAAAUUGACAAGGCUUUUCUCCCAAGACCUCCCCUAGAAGCCUUACAACCAGAGAAAGGAGUCCCAAGACCCAAUGUCUUCGACGAGGUCCAACUAGGCUCAUAUGUCUCAAAAACAGACGCGAAUAUCGCUUAUCAAGUAUGGUCUCUUCCAGAUCGAGCCCUCGGGAAGGCAUGGCGACGCCACAAAAACCGUCCAUACACCCAACAAACAGGCGAGCCCGAGGCCCACAUACUAGUACACAACGUCUACGAGCACUUGAUGAGCAAUCCACUCCUCCCCGUCUCACGUGAGGACGCAGAAUCCAAAUUUCAGGCCGAAGGGCUGGAAAAGGAUUGGGAAGUCUCAUAUAUAAUUGAUGAGCUCAGGGACGAUAUAAUCAAAGGAAGUACGCUCAAUAAUCUGGAAUCGUGGGGUUCAUAUGCGAUCAAAGAGUUAUUGAUGGAGCGAGGUCAAAGCACCGACGGAGAUAGGCGAGAUCUCGAGAACCGGGCAGAAAAGACUGAAUUGGAAAGACAUUUUGGGAUCAUGCCUCGGAGAAACCUGAAGGACUGGGGAUUAAAAAUGAUAAUAGAGCCUCGGACGAAUCCUGGCCUCGCAGGAUGGAAUGCAGAAUAUGCCCUCCAACCCUUCGAAAAUGACUGGAUGAGUACACUCGAUAUGUAUACUUUUGCCGUUCAUCUUAGUCCCUAUAACCCCGCCUACUGGACCAGUCGUGCAUACUGUCAUUACCAGUUAGCAUAUUUCGACUUAGCUCUGGGCGAUGCGUAUCGUGCAAAAGUACUCUGUAACGUUCUGAUCAACGGGGACGAACGCAGCCGACGACCAGGUCUCUACCCACGGAUCUGGCAUGCGAUAGAGCAACAUCUACUCGUUCAGCCUCGAAAGGAAGGGGAUCUCAAACCCGAGAUCCACCGCCUACGAGUACGAGGUGCCGCAUACUUUGCCAGUGGCCUCGUGAAAGCCUUAGAGCUUAUAACCACAUUGAGCUUACUAGCGUUGAACUGCUGGCAUGACCUUGAUAAGCGGUACAACUCAUUCAGCUCGAAUCUGAUUAUGACGCAGGAUCGUGACUCACUGGUUCCCCAGCAGCUGAGACAAAUAAUCGAGUCUAUCGGGCAAAGCCGACGAAAAGAAAAGAAAGCCGACGAGACACUGUUCUGGCAUGAGCGUUUUCAGGGCUGUCUCCCGGCCGAACCAACUUAUCCAUACGGGGUGCAUGUUGAUCGGAAUGCGCGAGGAUUUGUCGAUACUGCCAAUGUGAACAUAUUCUGUCAGGAUGGUAUGAAGCCUAAGUGCAAACUCCUACCAAAGAAGAACAACACGCUUGGAGUCUUUGCGGCUAGACAUAUCAAGAGAGGAGAGGUGAUACAUUUCGAAGAACCGAUUAUCCGCAGCCAUCUUCGGCCUCGACGAAUGACCAGAGAUAAAACAGCAGUGAUGGAUGAAAUAAGAUGUGAAAAUUGCAAGCGAAAAAUUGAAAUCGGCUCAACACGAUUCCAACUCUUCGCCGAAACCAGAUUUGAACGCUGUGCUUGUUCCCCAGCGGGCAAGCCUGUCCCCGGUCCUGAUGAUCGGGUCUUUUGUAAUCACAAAGGCAAGGCCAAAGGAAAAUCUCUGUCUCCAAGUUGUCGAAAUAUCGCAAGCCGACUGCACCAUUUCAGUAGCUGUGGAAAAGACUGGUCAUGGCUGCACGACGCCAUGAGACCCGUUAUCAGGCAAUGGCAGGAUAAAGAGUACAUCGUCCAGUGCAAUGAUGUAUACGGUACCAUGCACAGUCUCCUGCUGCGGAAUAUAUUCGAGAUAACACUCCACCGCCGCAAAGAAAAUCCUCAUCUGUCCCCGCUGGAGAUUGACGAGAUUCUCAUACUUGACCCGACUGAUACAAACAAAGAUUGGCUUCCGUUCUCCUAUGUUGGUAAUAUCACCGUCCCGUUCGACAUUUUGACAUACAUGGGUGUCGAUAUUUUCCGAGAUCUCUCCUUCGACACAUGGGUUAUUCAAAGCAUCAUGCACAAAUUAGUAAGCCAUGCUAUUCCCUGGGAUGAGAAACGCCGAGGUGACGGGCCUGGACCGGAGCUGUUACCCGGUGAUGCUCACAAAACACCCAUGCACCCAGACAUACAAGAUAUGAAAGUGCAGAAAAAGGAAUCAUUCAAAAAUCAUGACCCAUCGUUCAUGGAUCUGUAUCUCUUUCCUGGGUUUAGUCUCUUCAAGAGAAGUGUGCAGGAGAAUGCCAAUUGGGGCUAUGACCACGAAGUACCCAACCGGUUGGUCGUAUGGGCAGCCAGUGAUAUCAAAAAAGGAGAAGAAAUUAUCGUCCGAGAUCCAUACUGCGGUGAUGACCCUAGUGAUCUCACUAAAAAGGGGGAGAAGCAAAAACCCUCAGUCAUUGAACAAUCCAAGGAGCUCAAGAAAGAACAUAACCUUCCAAAUAAGAAAAACAAACCCGAACGCAAAGCGCCCGAGAUCACGCAGAGAAGAAGAACCAGAAAAGCAAGCACUGCUAAAGCAACAGCAGCCUCCGAACCAAACGAGGAGACUAGCACCGAAAAAGGCAAAGUGGUAGUGAACACUAUAAAAACCGACGCUACAGCAAAAAACCCAAAACAAAAAAGCCCAAUUAAAAGAAAAAGAGACGAAUAUGCCGAAGUGGACGAUAUCCGCGUAUCAAUAUACCGACAUCCCGAGGAUGCAGACCCUCCGCCAGGGAAGCAACGUCGCAAGGCACAUUUGCAUGCUUUUCGACCGCGUUUUGAUACGCGACAUGACAAGUGGUAUGAAAAUCUUGAGGAGAUGCAUAAAACGUCCAGUGAGACUGCCGCAGAGAAGAUGGCGAGGAUCAAAAUGCUUAAGAAGGGGGGUUUGGUAGCGUAUAGACAGGCGCAGAGGGAGGCAAUUGAUGAGUUGGAUAGACGGGCUGGGAGGCCUCGUCGAAAAAGGGAUCCUGCCCUUGAGUAA